AUGGUAUCCCAGCAGCGAUCGGGCAUGUCUCGCGACUCCAACCCUGACCCGGCAGAGAGCCAAGGAGCCACCGGGGGAGACGAAGAGCCUCUUCUCGGGGAGCAAUCUUCUCAGCCCAGAAAGAGCCCGCGCCUGCUGUUGUUCGCGGGCCCGGCUCUGCUUCUGAGGUGGGUCCCUCGCCUAGAAUGGUCUCUCUCGCUCUGCGCUGACACGCAUACGCGCAUAAAGCUCCUUCGUCUCCGUGUUGGAUCUCUCUUAUUUUGCGGCCAACUACAGCCGCAGGAUCGCCGACAAUCUACACCAAGUCGGGCAUGCAAGCUGGUUGGUAACUGGCUACCUCAUCACCGAGUCGGCUUUUCAGCCGAUGGUCAGUCUUGUCUGCAUUCCCCGUCUCUGUCACCGCCGCUCAUGCCCAAUCAGUAUGCUCAACUUGGACUGUAUAAAGGACACAAGAUGUCUCUCAUCGCUGCCGCCUCGGCCAUGUCACUUGGACUGUUUCUGUGCUCGCUGAGUCAGAACAUCUGGCAACUAACAAUUUCACGAGCUGUUGUUGGAGUCGGUGCCGCCGGCUUGGAGCUACUCGUUCUUGUCAUUAUCAACGGUUUCCCUCCUCUAUCCUGCGUGCCCAGCGUCGAGCAGGUCUCGAAUAACACAUGUCACAGGGUCUUUGGUCUGGAGUUCAUUCUAAUGCUGGUUGGGACCAUUGGCAUCAAAGCCACUCUUCGGAUGCCGGGAUCGAGCGGCCGAAGUGUCCGCCCCUUCGGCCAGUCUAUUGACUAUGUUGGUGCCGGACUUUUGCUACUUGCAGUGGCCACUUCCCUUGUCACCAUCAACCUCGGCGGCCAAGUUCUGUCUUGGAGCCAUCCUAUCAUGCUCUGUCUCUAUGUUCUCACACUAUUCCUCACUGGUUUCUUUUUCCGCUCGCAGACCUGUCGUGAAGGUCAGACGCUUGUGCCACUUCGAUUCCUUCGCAAGAAGUCCGUGCUCAAAUAUGGGCUGGGCCAAUAUGUCCAAGCUCGGUCCAUGAGGUCACCCCCCGAGUCAGCAUUCUCAGACUGGGCUUUAAGCUGUGUCUUUCUGGGGAUACCACUAGGAAGCUUCCUCAGCGGCGUCAUCAUUCGACGAUAUCGUGCACUCAGGAUACUCCUUCGUGUUGUCGCCGUGCUCAACUUUAUACUUUACGUCUGCUUUGCUGCAGGCUUGAUACACCCGGAGAAUGCGGCAUUCGCUCCGGUUCUUAUCCUACUAGGCCUCAACGUCGGCGUGCUCGACUGCUGCUGGAUGGUGUCCAUCUUUGCCCAGGCUGCUCCUCAAGGUAAGGCACAGACUCCUGCUGCCAGAAAGCAUGCUCAAGCCUAUCACGCAGACCAGCCUGCUCUUUACGCCUUUUUUGAUCUGGGGCGUGCCAACACCGGCAAUAUCGGCAUCGCAGUGGCUCUGGCUUCUACCAACUCGAUGAUUCGCUCGAAUCUUGAGUCUGCGCUGGCCUCCUACCCCGACAAAGAAGAGAUCAUUUCCAAGAGUCUAGAGAGUUUCAGCGCCAUCCGCAAUUUCCCAGAGGCUGUUCAGCACGUUGUCCUGGACGCCUUCAUCUCAUCGGGCGAGAAGGCCUUUGGUAUUGAACCCCCUAACCUGGAGAUCCUGGACAGGGCUAACUGCGCUACAGCAAUUUCGUGCGCCGUCCUGGUCAUUAGUGUCGUCGCUGCCUUUUACAUCUCGGAGGCCGAGGAAGUACUGGUCAAGGAUAGCAGAGAGGAGUAA